AUGGUUAACAGGCAAGAGCAGAUCGCUCGGUCCAUCAUCAAAGCCAUCUUGAACACGGACGAGAAUGGUCUGCCACUGUCCAAGCCGUCGGUUCUGCGCCGUCUCUUCGGCUUGUUCAACCUGUACUGGCUGACACUCCAGCUGGUCAAGUCCGACCUCUUCAACGCCCUGCGCGCGUUCUGGGUCAUCAAUGACGGCGAGUACAAGGCGAGCUUCGGCUCGGACUGGAAGACUGGCAAGAAGCAGAAGGACAUCCUGCAGGGCCUCGGCGACAUGGGAUACAGCGGCUCGACCUUCUUCCGCACCAGCGACAGCUCGUACCUGAUCAAGUCGGUGCCAAGGCAUUUUGAGAACGCCUUCUUCAAGAACGAGAUGCUGGUGCCGUACGCCGACCACAUGCGUGCGAAUCCGGGCAGCCUUCUGAUCCGCAUCACGGACUUUCUGGAGUGCUCCAACAGGAGUCUUGGCACGUUGCUGGGCCUCGCUCCGAGCCACCACAUCGUCAUGGAGAACAUCCUGUACGGCCAGGACGAGUCCCGCGAGGACGGAAAGGGCGUCAAGUGGGAGUCGUGGGACCUCAAACCGACUUCCUACUUCUUUCCCGAGCGCGACGUAGCCGGUGGUGCUCUGGCGUCCGAGGCGACCAAGUCCAGGCUCGCAGACGAGUUCGAUGACAAGAUCCACCUCACCCUCGACCAGGCGGAAGAGUUCAAGGCUCAACUUCAGAAGGACACCAAGCUACUCGCCGACUGUAACGCCGUGGAUUACUCCCUGUUUCUUGUCAGACUCUCAGCCUCUAAGCCCGAGGGCCAGCCGAGGCCGGGAGGCGACGAGCUCCUGCCGCCGGCGAACCCUCCCUUCGCUCCUCCUGGACCGCCGAGCUGGCGCCUUGGCAUGGUCUCCAGUGACGGCAAGGAGGUCUACCGCGCAGCUGUCCUCGAUUUUUUCUGGGCCAAGCACACGCUCCACGCCAAGACCAUGACCGGGCUGGUCAAGACGUACAACCUGAUCGACAAGCAGGGGCCCAUGAGCAUCACCGCCGCGAGCUCCGAGUACCGUGAGAGGUUUCUGAAGAUGGCCAUGGAGAUGAUAGACGUGGAAGGAGCCCCGGAGUGGGGCAAGAGUACAGAACGUUUGGGUUCCAUUGAAGAGGAGUAA